ACACACGACAAACCGCUCGUGGGGGCCCUGCCUAUUGAUCUCUAAACAUCUGGAACACCUCAUAGUUGCUUUACAAGGCAGUGGCGAGCAGUCUGUGACCCCCCGAUAGGGGAGUGAGGCAAGCAGCGGCAGCAGCACCAGGACGGACCACUUGACACCUUGCUUCACGGCAUCGAUAUGCAGUAGUGUGAUACCAGCUCUGCGGAGACGGGAAGGCCAGUCCAUGGCAUCUUGAUAUUAAAACCGUGAGCUCUGCGCAUUCCUCGCCGACAGCGUAGUGUUUUUUUUCCCCCUGCGGAGUCGAAAGGAUUAACUUGGCCAAAAGGAGAAAAAAAAAAGAAAAAAAAAAGGCGAGGGAGGAAAUCUUAAUAAUUCAAUUUGAGCUGAUUCUGUUUGGGGGAUUCGUGGGAUACCAUUGGACCUGCGAUGGACUCCAGCGCGGGGGAAUAUGGCAUGGCUCGUGUCGGAUUGUUUUUGGUUUUGAUGGGGCUGUGGAGAUUUAGCGAUGCUUGCCCUGUAUCCUGCACUUGCAGCAUCUCAAGAAUUGUUUGUAUUGAUUCUGUACCAGGGAUCGAGGAUUUUCCCGUCCUCACGUUAGAUGACAUGGAAAACAUCACUGAGAUAUAUAUUGCUAAUCAAAACAGGCUGUUUGACAUAAGCGACAGCAGUCUGCGGCACUACAUAAACCUGAGGAACCUAAAUCUCCGAGACAAUAACUUGUCAACACUGUCAUGGAGAACAUUUCAGAACUUUAACAUUACAUAUCCGCUACUUCUGUCUGGGAAUCCUCUGGAUUGUGUUUGUGAAAACCUGUGGAUCAAACUAAGACUCCUGGAAGAAACAGAUAGUCCAGAGCUGACAUGCACAGAUGAGAGAGGAGUGGUGCAGGACUUUGCUACCCUCUUGCCACCAGACUGUGUGGUUCCCACAGUAGAGGUCACCCCGAGAAAUGUGACUCAGAUGGAGGGGAGUAAUGUCAAAGCUGUUUGCAGUGCCUCAGGCUCCCCUGCGCCUGAGAUUGGGUGGAACCUUGAUGAGCUCUCGACCCACAAUGAGAUUGAACUUACUGAUAUGGAGAGCAUCCUCACCUUGUCAGGCCUGUCUCCUGAUGAUAAUGGCAGGGCGAUCAUAUGCAGUGCCGAGAACAUGGUCGGUCUGACCGAGGCCAGCCUUCAGCUCAAUAUUCUCUUUGCCCCCACCAUCCAGCAUCUCGACACUCCACAGCGGGACCACCACUGGUGCAUCCCCUUCACCGUAACGGGGAACCCCAAGCCGGAGCUUAAGUGGUACCACAAUAACAGUCCUCUCCAGGAACAGGACUACAUCCGGACCAUGAUCCACGUGACCACGGAGAACGAGCAACACGGCUGCUUACAGCUGGUCAACCCCACCCACAUUCACAACGGCGUGUACAAGCUGGUGGCAGAGAAUAAGUACGGUAGAGAUGAGAAGAAUAUCUCCGCCCAGUUUCUCCACCCGCCUGACAACCGCACAGAGGAAGAAGAGUUUUACUAUACUCCACUCCCUCCACUGAAUGACAGCGUUGCUGUGUAUGUAGUUGUGGGAAUUGCUGGAGUUGCCCUGAUCGGCUGUGUGCUGAUGGUGAUCAUACUGAAAUACGGAAGAAACUCCAAGUUUGGCAUUAAAGGCUCCUCCUCAGUUAUCAGUAAUGACGAUGAUUCUGCCAGCCCUCUUCAUCACGUCUCCAAUGGCAACAACACCCCGUCAUCCUCAGAGAUGGGUCCAGACGCAGUGAUCAUUGGAAUGACAAAGAUUCCUGUCAUUGAGAACCCCCAGUACUUCCGUAACUCCGGCAGCAUGCUGAAAUCCAACACGUUUGUCCAGCACAUCAAGAGACACAACAUUGUGCUGAAGCGCGAGCUGGGAGAAGGAGCCUUUGGGAAGGUCUUUCUAGCUGAAUGCUACAACCUGACACCAGACCAGGAGAAGAUCCACGUGGCAGUCAAGACACUGAAAGAAGCCAGCGAGAGUGGCAGAGCCGACUUCUACAGAGAGGCCGAGCUCCUCACUAACCUGCAGCAUGAGCACAUCGUCACCUUCUAUGGGGUGUGCGUAGAGAGCGACCCACUCAUCAUGGUGUUUGAAUAUAUGAAACACGGGGACCUAAACAAGUUCCUCAGGUCCCACGGUCCCGAUGCAGUGCUCAUGGCAGACGGUCAACACAGCAUCCUGGUGGAGCUCACUCAGUCCCAGAUGCUGCACAUUGCCCAACAGAUUGCUGCUGGCAUGGUCUACCUGGCCUCCCAGCACUUUGUCCACAGAGACUUGGCAACAAGGAACUGCCUGGUAGGAGAAAACCUGCUGGUCAAGAUAGGAGACUUUGGCAUGUCCAGAGAUGUUUACAGCUCAGACUACUACAGAGUGGGCGGUCAUACGAUGCUGCCCAUCCGCUGGAUGCCCCCAGAGAGCAUCAUGUACCGGCGGUUCACCACAGAGAGCGACGUAUGGAGCCUCGGCGUGGUGCUGUGGGAGAUCUUCACCUACGGCAAGCAGCCCUGGUACCAGCUCUCCAACAAUGAGGUAAUCGAGUGCAUCACCCAGGGCCGGGUGCUGCAGCGGCCCCGUACCUGUCCUAAAGAGGUAUACGACCUGAUGCUGGGCUGCUGGCAGAGGGAGCCGUACAUGAGGCUGAACAUCAAGGAGAUCCACAGCACGCUCCAGAGCCUGGCCAAAGCCUCGCCCGUCUACCUGGACAUACUGGGCUGACGCGCCAGUGUCCGUGUAAUGUACUGCGUAUGCAUGUGUGCUUCAUAUGUGGACAAGUGUUUGUGUGUUUGCACACGAUGAAAACGAGGAGGAGAGGAGGAUGCGGAGGCUGUGCGAGUGCAUCUGUGUACAGAACCUGGCUGUAAAUGUGACUGUAAAUGCUCCCGUCCGCGUCCUCAUUACAUGGAGAAAAAGCCUUACGUUUUUUUUGAGUGGUUUUUGCUUUUGCUUUUCUUUUGAAUUUGCAGAUGUUACUAAGGCAUGCUUCACAAAGGGGAAACCAAAAUGCAGAGAGAACUGCAUACCAUUAACGCUCCAAACAUGCAGCAUAGUGUAUGUUAUAAGGCAUAAAAAGAAGCAAACAGACAGCUUGCUCUGUCUACACUCACCACAUCAAAUCCUUUCCCUCCUGUAUUCCAUAUGCUGGAAAUGAACAAAGAGAAAACAGCGUGUCUCUUUGCGACUGACAGUUUAUGGAUACAUGUCUGUAGAUAGAGCAGUUUCCUCUCUCAGCAGUGUCACACCUGCUCCGGUAUAACAUAAAAUAACUUGUUAGUUUACAGCUUUUUUUUUUUUUUUUUUUUUCCUUUUAUAUGUCACAAGACUAUUUUAAUAUGUCGAGAAUUUGUAAACGCUGACUCUGCUUCAUACUAGCCGAUUGAAAUCUGUGGCUUUUGGGUCAUCUUGCAGAAACGUGUAACUUACUCCUGGUCCUCUGAGGCACUUCCCGAUGUCACGUCUUUUCUGUAAAUAUCUUUUUCCUGUUUACACAAGGUCAUGUGUAUUCACGGAUGUUUGAAAUGAUGCGGCUCUCGUUUCAAAAUCUUCCUUUCAUUUAUUUAUUUAAAGCACCGAGGAUGGGGACCCGGCGGCACUGUUUUUUGUUUUUUUUUUUGGUUCACGUUUGCUUUAUCAUCCACAAGCAAUGUCAUUUCUAAAGUCUCUGUUGUACGGUGGCUCAUAUGUGUCAUAUGUGACGUGGUUUUUGUUUCCAUCUUGGGAGGUUUUCAGAUGUUGCGGGUGCUCUUUUAGUUUAUAUAUUGGGCUUUUUAUGCAUUAAAGCAGCUACCUGUUUUAUUUAUUUACAUUACAAGAGUGCACUUUGUAGAUCUCAUUUUCAGUUCAUAGCAUAAUGGGCUAUGAGACUGCAGUAAAAGCAUUAAUUAAGAGCCUGAUUGCCCUUAAAAUGUCCCAGGCGUGCUUUCAUCUCUUCUUGUGGCCCCCGGUCAGCCAGGUGGGGACUGAUCCAGGUCCUCAUGCGGGGCAGUGGUGAUUUGUGCAGGCAGCAGAUGGUUUCAGAAUGCACUCUUGUAUUACCUUCAAUUGUUUUGUUUUCCUGAUAUUUAAAAAAAGAAAUAAAAUAAAAAUGUAAAAAAUAAAAUGUCAACCAUGGUGCAAUGUCCAAUAUGGGGUUCGUGCUAAUCUUUGCAAAUAAAACCAAAAAAAAAAGUAAAAAAAAUUAUAAAACCCAGCAGGAAUUAUUCAUGUGGAGGCAUAAGGCAGUGAGACAAUAAGUUAUAUUUGUUAAGUGCAAUUUGUAGCAUUACUUAAACACUCAAAUGCACAACCUUUAGCACUGAGCUCCCUCCAUCGCAAACUCAGCUGUAUCUAAAAAGAAAAGAUAAUCAUCCUCGCUGUGCUGGCUAUGAAUGAUGAAAACACCAGUGUGUGUGUGUGUGUGUGUGUGUGUGUGUGUGUGUGUGUGUGUGUGUGUGUGUGUGUGUCUCUCUAUGUUUUUAAUCACAGCGUUGUGUAUUAUAGUCACCUGUCUGCUGUACAUAAGCAGCUCUCCAUUCUGUACAGUUCUGAUAUUUGUCUAUAUGAAUAGUAGGCUAUGUUUAAUAGUAUAAUCCGUUUUAAGCAGGUAUCAUGUCAAAACUGUGCAACAUCUAUUGAAGACAAUGUGUUAUGGGCCACUGGCAAUACAUACUAUAUGUAAAUACAAUUUGAUUUGUGCUACAUUGUAUAAUUUCCUUGUGCUUGUUCAUAAUACCGGUGAGAAUACAAUCUUCUCUUUUCUUUCUUUUUUCUUUUUCUUUUCUUUUUUUUUUGGCAAUUUUUGAUCUACAGAGGACUUUAAUUAAAAAAAAAAAAAAAAAGGUUUUCUCUGAAGAAGAAAAAAAAGGAAGACGAUCUCCGCUUUCCUCUCCACUGUGAUGGGGAGCUCACACAGAGGCUGUCUGAGAUGCUGCCUGUCUCGCAGGAGGACCACAGACUCUAAACAUCAGGAACACUCCUGGCCCGACAGGUGUCCCAGCAGAUGUGUGGCCAGUGGCGAGGAGGUCAGAGUUACCUCCUGGCCAACCCCACCACUCUCCCUCUGACUGACUGUAGCCUAUUUUGAUCCUCUUUCAGAUGAAUAACUGUGACUUUGCAUCAUGAAUAGUAUAUUAUUUUGAAUGUAAUCUAGAAGGGUGGGGACCUUUUUUGAAUGUAAUCUAUAUCGAGGGGGGGUGUUGAUGAUUUUUUUGUAAAUAUACAGUAAAAGAAGAAAAAAAAAAACAGAUGACAGUUUUCAUUCCUGUGCAGAUAACAGAAUUUUACUUACUGUGUGAAUACUAAGAGAGUGUAUAUGUAUUUGUGUGUGUGCGUAUUUGCACAUACAUCAGAUUGCUAGAAGAUGCGUGCCUGUGCGGGUGUGCGUGUAUCUGAGUGUGUACGAAUCUGAGGGCGUGUGUGUCGACUCUCCUAGCAGAUUUAAUCCUGCUUUAAUCUGACAGUUCUAUGAAUCAAUUCAAUGCUUUGUGCAUCAUGUGAGUAGCUUAUCCACAAUUAAUGGAAAUGUUCCUUGUGAUAC